AUGCCUGCUGCUUCCUCGCCGCCAUCAGCGACUGCGCCGGGUACUGCUCCGGCGGCGACAUCGCUUGCUCCUGGCUUCCGAUUCCAUCCGACUGACGAGGAACUCGUGAGCUAUUACUUGAAGCGGAAGGUUCAGAACAAACCCGUACGCUUCGAUGCGAUUGGGGAGGUCGAUAUCUACAAGCACGAGCCCUGGGAUUUAGCAGUGUUUUCGAGGUUGAAGACGAGGGACCAAGAAUGGUACUUCUUCAGCGCAUUAGACAAGAAGUAUGGGAACGGUGCUAGAAUGAACCGAGCAACUAACAAAGGUUACUGGAAGGCAACUGGCAAAGACAGAGAGAUCCGCCGUGACAUUCAGCUGCUCGGUAUGAAAAAGACGCUUGUGUUCCACAGCGGGCGUGCUCCAGAUGGGCUCCGGACCAACUGGGUCAUGCAUGAGUAUCGCCUUGUCGAGUAUGAGAGGGAGAAAAAUGGAAACUUGGCGCAAGAUGCGUAUGUGUUGUGCAGAGUGUUCCACAAGAAUAACAUUGGGCCACCAAGUGGGAACAGAUAUGCGCCUUUCAUGGAAGAGGAAUGGGCUGAUGACGGAGGUGUUGCUCUCAUUCCUGGAGUCGACGUGAGGGUUAGGGUCGAACCGCCAGUAGCCAACGGAAACAACCAGAUGGACCAGGACCAGGAACUCAAGUCAGCAACCAAGGAUCUCAUCAACAUCAACGAGCCACCGAGAGAGACAACUCCAAUGGAUAUCGACCCCAACCAACAGAAUCAUCGUGACCAUACCCUGAAGCCGCAUCAGAAUCACGACACUAACCAUUACGAUGAAGAGGAGGAAGCACUCAAACGUGAGCAGACUGAAGAAGACGAGCGUCCUCCUCCUGUAUGCGUUCUCAACAAAGAAGCUCCACUACCUCUCCUCCAGUACAAACGCAGACGCCAAAACGACUCCAACAACAACUCAAGCAGGACGACGCAGGAGCAUUCUUCGUCCACAACAACAACCGUCGACAAUACACCAACCAUAGUCUCAUCUUCUGCUGCUGCCGCCACCAACACAGCCAUCUCUGCGCUGCUUGAGUUCUCGCUCAUGGGCAUCUCUGACAAGAAAGAAAACCUGCAGACUCCUCACAAGGAAGCUUCUCCUCUUCCUCCAGUCGCGACUCCUGAAGAGAAGGUUAAUGAUCUCCAGAAGGAGAUUCACCACAUGUCUGUUGAGAGAGAGACUUUCAAGCUUGAGAUGAUGAGUGCAGAGGCUAUGAUCAGUAUUCUCCAGUCAAGGAUCGAUGCACUGCGUCAGGAGAAUGAUGAGCUUAAGAAGGACAAUGCCAAGAAGGGACAAGAAACGCUCUAA